AUGGGCAAAGACUACUACCAAGUUCUCGGCGUCUCCAAAGAUGCGGACGACGAUACUCUCAAGAAAGCCUACAAGAAAGCCGCGCUCAAGUGGCAUCCCGAUCGCAACAAGGACAACGUCGAAGCGGCCAACAAAAAGUUCAAAGAGGUCGGCGAAGCGUUCGAGGUGCUCAGCGAUAAGAACAAGCGCACGAUCUACGAUCAGUUUGGUGAAGAGGGGUUGAAGGGCGGUGGACCGCCACCAAGCGCGGAUGGCGCAGCAGGCGGAGGGUUCGGCGGCUUCCCCGGUGGAGCAGGUUUCGGAGGAGGAGGAUUCCCGGGGGGCGGUGGAGGAAGGACUUUCACGUUUACCAGCGGUGGUCCGGGAGGUAUGGGUGGGAUGGGAGGGGGGUUCUCGCCUAGUGAUCCGAACGAUAUCUUUGCAAGCAUCUUUGGCGGGGCCAAUCCGUUCGGCGGUGGAAUGGGAGGUGGCAUGGGCGGCAUGCCAGGAAUGGGCGGAAUGGGAGGAAUGGGAGGAGGGAUGGAAGACAUGUUCGGCGGCGGCGGCGGCCUCGGUGGCGGAGCUCGUCGCAAGGCCGGCGGCAUGCCUGGCGGGUUCAACUUUGGCGGCGGCGCACCCGGCGGCGGUGCUCACCCCCCACCUGCCGACGAAAAACCCAGCGAUGUCGAAAAGCAACUUCCCCUAUCGCUCCAAGACCUCUACACCGGCACCACCAAACGCCUCAAAGUCGGGCGCAAGCUCGCUUCGGGCGGAUCGGAAGAAAAAGUGCUCACCGUGGAAGUGAAACCCGGCUGGAAGAAGGGUACCAAGAUCCGCUUCUCCGGUGCCGGUCACGAGGUCUCGCCCGGCUCGUUCCAAGACGUCGUCUUCAUUGUCGACGAGAAGCCGCAUCCUCACUUCCGCCGCGACGGCGACGAUCUCAGGGUGACGAUACCGCUCAAGCUCAUCGACGCGUUGGACCCGCCCAAACCGGGCUCGUCAGGUUCGCGCAAACAGGUGGAAACCUUGGAUGCGCGCAAGAUCGACAUCCCCAUCCCGCAACCAGCGCCAGGGAAAAGCUGCAUCACGCCCGGGAAGACGACCAGGUUGGCCAACGAGGGCAUGCCCAUCAGCAAGAUGGGUGGCAAGAGGAAGGGCGACUUGGUGGUCGAGUGGAGCGUCGAAUUGCCCGAGAACCUGACGGCACCGAAGAUUGGUCGAGAAGGUCAAAAGAUCUGUGCAGACCGAUCUCAAGUGUUUGCAAUCGCCUUUCAUCCUUUGCAAAUGCUUUUCGAUUCUCCUUCGGACACCGAGCUAACCGAGUACAAGGAGGUACACUACGACGACGAUAUUGAUCACUACCAGGGGAACUGUUUCGACCGCGCCAAAAGACAUUCUGUCAGCCACUCUAUUUCUUCCCAUUCCUUGAGGUUUAGAUACUUACUUCGCAUCAAAGUCCUUACAGCAGAGAUGAGAUUGAUCAACCUCGCUUUGAUUGUGACAUCAUUCGAGCUCGAGGAGUAA